AUGGCAUCCUAUCCGAAGAUUAUCUGCAACAGUAAUCCUCGCCAUAAGCAUGAGCUUACUCUGUGUCAAGGUCUUUACCCUUACAACUGCAAUGGGUGCAAAGAAAAUGGAGCCAAUAUUGGUUACCGCUGCAGCGACUGCCAAAUUUUUACACUGCACGAGGUAUGUGGGGCUUAUCCAGACGUUUUGGUUCAUCCCUUUUAUCCCACAUAUGAGUUCAAAUUCAGAAAAAAGACCCGUUUGAAUCAUGAGUGUGAUGCCUGUGGAGAAGAUUUAAGAGGAUUUGUGUAUGAAGCAGCUACGGGGAAUUUAUUGAGGCCUUUGAGGCUUCAUCCUCUCUGUGUUGCUCUCCCCACCUGUCUCAACUAUGGCGUCCAUAAGGAGCAUCCUGUGAAGCUUAUUUUGGGGACUGGGGGGAGUUUUAAUUGUAGCAGGUGUCACAAGAACAAAUCAGGGUGGAGUUACAGGUGUGAUAAUAUAGCUUGCAGGUUUCGAGUGGAUUUGGGGUGUGUGAAGGAUGAUAUUGAUGUUUUAGGAGCAAGGAAUUGCAACCAUGAGAAUUGGCAUAGGCCCAAGGCUACUGCUGUUGUACAUAGCAUGGAUACCCAUCAGUCUAUCUUAAUUUUGGCAGUUGACACAGUUAAUCACUGUGUAACUCUGUUAGCAAUUCUGUGGCACAGCAGCAGCAGGAAUUAA